AUGGCACCCACCCCCUACCUCGUCGUCCGCUCCCCUCUCGACCUCGCCGCGCCUCGCCUUGAUCCAACCUCGCAGCCCGCCUCGGCACCGCCCUCGCCCGCCUCGACCAACGACCGCGUCCACGACCUCGAAUCUAACCACGACUACACGCUCGACUCGACACCGCACCCCGGCAAGCGCGCACUCGCCGCGAGCGAGCUCCUCGCAGCAGGGUCGACGUCCGGCGCUUCGCUCGCGAGGCGCUCCCUUGCGCCCAACGACACGCAGAAGGUCACCCUGGGCGUCAUCGCUGCCUACGCCGUCCUCAUCACGAUCUUGUGGAACGUCCCCGUCAUUCACUGGGUCCUCUGGCCGUUCAAGCUCCUGGUCGUCGCCUUCCACGAGUUCUCGCACGCCGUUGUCGGCUGCUGUACGGGCGCCAAGGUCAAGUCGAUCAAACUCGACCCUCGCGAGGGCGGUUGCACCAUGAUGGCCGGCGGCAUCGGCGCUUUGACCCUGCCGGCGGGCUACCUCGGCAGCUCCCUCAUCGGCGCCCUCCUCGUCUUCUGCGGGUUCGACGUGCGCGCUAGCAAGAUCGCGUCGCUCGUCGUCGGCGUCAUGUUCCUCCUCACGCUCUGGUGGGGCAAGCGCGACUGGCUCACGAUCCUCACGAUCCUCGUCGCGACGGGCCUCAUCGUCGCGUGCUGGUUCAUCGCGCACGGCGUCGCGCUCAGGUUCUACAUGCUCUUCCUCGGCGUCAUGAACUCGCUGUACUCGCUCUACGACAUUUGCGACGACCUCAUCUUCCGCAAGGUCAACGAGUCGGACGCCUCGGUGUUCGCUAAGCGAUACGGCGGCUCGAGCGCGUGCUGGGGCGUCCUGUGGUUCAUCAUCUCGCUGUGCUUCCUCGCGGCAGGGAUCGUCGCAGGGCUCGCCGCCUUCAAGGACACUUUCUCGCAGCAGGCGACGACGGGCUCAGAGUUCCUCCCGACGAGAUUCUAGUCCCUCCCUCUCCCUCUCCCUCGUGCCGCACAGACACUCUCCCACAGACCCUCUCGUUCUAGAUGCUGUACUAGUUCUCUUUGC